UCACACUCUGCUGGGCAAAGGAGGAGGAGGAGCCAGACGUCUUGGACGGCUGGGAACACCAAGUAACAGGACAGGAAGUUCAACUCAGGCAAGUGACCACCAACAUCUACCUAGGAAGCCUGUGGCGUGAGCAAUAGCUCCUGGAGAACCCCAUGUCUCGAGCCCCAAGGAUGAGGCUGCUUAAGCUGCUGAUUUUCCUGGCCCACUGGGGAGUUGCCAGGGCUGAGCCAGGGAAGUUCUGGCACAUCUCUGACCUGCACCUGGACCCUGACUACAAGGUGUCCACAGACCCCCUCCAAGUGUGCCCAUCAGCCGGCUCCCAGCCAGUGUCCAACGCGGGCCCCUGGGGUGACUACCUCUGUGAUUCUCCCUGGGUCCUCAUCAACUCCUCUGUCUACGCCAUGAAGGAGAUCGAGCCAGAGCCGGACUUCAUCCUCUGGACGGGUGAUGACACGCCUCAUGUGCCCAAUGAGAGGCUGGGAGAAGCAGCUGUGUUGGCAAUUGUGGAACGCUUGACCAAGCUCAUCAGAGAAGUCUUUCCAGACACUAAAGUCUACGCUGCUUUGGGAAAUCAUGACUUUCACCCCAAAAACCAGUUCCCAGCAGGGAGCAACAAUAUCUACAAUCAGGUAGCAGAACUGUGGAGACCCUGGCUCAGUAAUGAAUCCAUCUCUCUCUUCAAAGAAGGUGCCUUCUAUUCUGAGAAGUUGCCAGGGCCGACUGGGCGAAUCGUGGUCCUCAACACCAACCUGUACUAUAGCCAAAAUGAGCAGACAGCCAGCAUGGCCGACCCUGGCCAGCAGUUCCAGUGGCUGGAAGAUGUGCUGACCAAUGCGUCCCGAGCUGGGGAAAUGGUGUACAUUAUUGGCCACGUGCCCCCGGGGUUCUUUGAGAAGACUCAGAACAAAGCGUGGUUCUGGGAGGGCUUCAACGAGAAGUAUCUUAAGGUGGUCCAGAAGCACCAUCGAGUCAUCGCCGGGCAGUUCUUCGGGCAUCACCACACCGACAGCUUUCGGAUGUUCUAUGAUGAUGCAGGUACUCCCAUCGGUGUCAUGUUCCUUACACCUGGGGUCACCCCGUGGAAAACCACAUUACCUGGAGUGGUCAACGGGGCCAACAAUCCAGGCAUCCGAGUGUUCGAAUAUGACCGAGCCACACUGAACCUCCAGAAUAUGAUGACUUACUUCAUGAACCUGAGCCAGGCGAACGCGCGCGGAGAGGCGCGCUGGGAGCUCGAGUACAGGGUGACGGAGGCCUACGGGGUGCCCGACGCAGGUGCCCGCUCCAUGCACGCUGCACUGGGCCGCAUCGCCACCGACCAGGACACGAUGCAGCGCUACUACGUCUACAACUCUGUCAGCUACGACACGCGAGCCUGCGGCGAGGUCUGCCGCGCGGAGCACGUGUGCGCGCUGCGCGAGGUGGCCUUCGACGCGUACGCCGCCUGCCUGCGCGCCCCCGGCUCUGGUCCCGCGCCCGUGCUCGCGCUCCUGCUGGCCGCGCUGCUCGGCCUGUGCGCACUGCUCCCGCGGUGACGUUGAGCGCCGCCUGCCCGCUAGCUGUGUUGUCUUCCUCCUGGUGAAUUGGGGCCAGCGUCACCUAUUGAGAACUGGAAUUUUACAUCAUUUACCCCCGCGUCCAGAGAUAAGUGGGAUGGGACAGUCAGAUCAGGAAAUGAAGCUCAAAGACCCCCUCCCCCCACGACGGACAUUUCUUCCAAGUUUCACCUUUUAUGGGGGAGGGGGGAACGCUCAUCGUGC